UGAACUAUGGUCAUGAUGCAAUCGCCAAUGUCUGAUUGCGGGCAACCGGAAAGCCCUUCGUUGUCGCAACCCAACUCGCCGCCAGCCUCAACCGAACCGGUGCCACCGAACCCACCCAAGACAGUCCUGGUGAAGGGAGUCGGUGGUGGUGGUGGUGGUGGUGGUGGUGGGACACCCCACCCUUCGAAUGUGGCCACCCUAACCACCAGCCCGGAAUCAGAGGCAGAAGGUGGGCUGUUUCCGUCGCGCUUCAGCGAAGAGCGACGCCUCUCACUAACACCGUCGGCUCAGCUGCAGGAGGCGGCUAACAAAUGUGGCACCUUCCUGGACCUGCGCGCGAACAACCGUAGUGCAAGCAGCAACAGUAAUAGCAGUAGUAGCGAAGCACUCGAUGGUGAGCAUGAUCCCACCGAGCCGGAUCGCUUCACCGAUCAGGUGGAAGCGAAACUCUCCGACUACUCUCCAACGGUGGCUGAGCUUCAGCAACAGCAAGCUCAAGAACGCUCGGUGAAGUUCUCCAUCGAGAGGUUGAAGCACCUGGCAGAUGGACACGCGUUGGCAGUACGUCACCAUCCACUCCAUCACCACCAUCAUCAUGGUGGUGGUGCAGCACAAUCAGCGGCUGAACAGCUGGUAUUAGCCGCCGGUGGCCAUUUUCCGCCAGGUACUCACCCGUCCAUAGGCGGCUCAGUGGUGUCUGUGAUACCGUCCGGUUCCGUACUGCCACCUCUACACCCUGCCGUCCUGCACCCAGUGCAUCCGGCCCACCCACCACACCAUACCCCCGUGGCGGCUGGUGUCGCACCUCUUCAGCCGUCCUCGUGCUUUCCGCACGCGUCUGCGACGGCACCAGCACAUCAGGCACAUCCCCAUCAACACAGCCACCAUCAACGCCAUCAUCAGGCAGCCGUGGCGGCGGCAGCGGCGGCUGCAGCGGCUGCAGCAGCAGCUGCAGCAGCUGCCGUUGCUUCCGGUUCCUCCCCGGUUCAGCCGCAACCUCAACACCAACACCAGCAGCAGCAGCAGCCGCCGACAGCACAAUCGCAGCCGCCGCACGAAUCCUCGCAGCCGCCAGUUCAGCCGCCGGGUCUACAUCCGGGUCAUCCGUUCGCUAUCAAAUAUCCGGCGGGGAGUGCGUCACCGACUGAUCUUGAGAUUGAGCGGUUCAAGAUUGCGCGCACCGCAAUCAACAACACGGCCGCCUUUGCUGCCGCUGCAGCCGCUAAGGAGCUGUCUGACAUUAGCUUCAGGAUACAGCUGCAGGACGGUGGUCAACAUCACGCUGGGUACGCUAGGAGUGACACGAGCGAGGAACUCAUCGUCGAUGGCAAUGAGGAGUGCUCGCAGGAUGGCAUAUCGGGCUGCCCCGUGGACCUGACGCGCUCGAUGGACAACGGUACCGACGCAAAAUCGCACGCAAUCCGCGACACUGACAAGGAAGCGGCCUCGAAACGGCUCGCCUUCUCCGUGGAGAACAUUCUCGACCCGAACAAGUUCAACGGCAAGCACGGCAUCCUUACGUCAGGUGUUGCCUCCGCCGGCGCCAUCUUUGGUGGCAAGCUGGGUGGUGGGGUCGGUGGUGGAGCCGCCGCCAAAAUGGCGGCUGCCCUCGGGGCCGCUAACAACGCCGGAGCCAACUACGGCACCAAUAACAACAAUUGCGCGACCAACAACAACAACAACGUCAGUGGCGGCAAUAACAACAAUAACAACACCAUCAGCAACGGCAAGUUCUGGAGCCAAGCCAGCCUGGAGCGAGAGGACAAGCUGGACGACGAUCACAGCGAUUCGCGUUCUGCCAAGGAUGUGAACGAUAUCGAUCAGGAUGACAUGGGCGAUGACACGAUGGGCAGUGAUAUGGAGGAUCACGCCAGCGAAACCGACUCCAAGAAGGAUGGCACGAACAAUCGGAGUGGAGAUGGCAAGUCGCAGGGCAACAGCUCCAAACCGAGACGUGCUAGGACGGCCUUCACGUACGAGCAGCUGGUGUCGCUGGAGAACAAGUUCAAAACCACGCGCUACCUGUCCGUCUGCGAGCGGCUCAAUCUAGCCCUUAGUUUGAGCCUCACCGAAACCCAGGUUAAGAUUUGGUUCCAAAAUCGCCGGACGAAGUGGAAAAAACAAAACCCAGGCAUGGACGUCAACAGCCCAACGGUACCACCUCCGAACAGCGGCGGUUCCUUUGGACCAGGAUCCUACGCCAGCAGCCUGCUGUACCCGCACGCCAUGCCGUACCCACCGUACGGACCCUACUUCCACCCACUCGGCGGUCACCAUCUGGGUCACUCGCACUCGUAA